AAUUUACCAAAAUAAUAAAAGAAAAAUUAUGAUAUGUCAGAAACAAUGAAGCUUAAACAACAGAGGGAAGGUUGGCAUCUUUUGCUUUCACAUUACUUUAAGAUCAAUAAAUUUGUCAACAAAACUGCCUUAUUUAUAAAGGAACCCGAGAUUCUGGAUUUUUUUUUUUUCCAAGUAGGGGAAAAAAAAAAACGAUUUGAAAUAGUGGAAGUCACAAACUUUGAAUUUUUUCCGAAAUUUUGGAAAUGGGUGGAUAUACUGAUUAAAGGACCUUUAAUGAAGCAGGGGAGGGAGACAUAUUGAAGACACAAUUUCCGAGGGUGGUCAAAGCCCAAAAGCAUGAGAGGAGAGGACUCAUCAAAUUUGAGAACACACCACUCAACCCAAGCUCUCCAGAGGGCGUGGCUCGUUAACCCAAGCAGUUGGUGGGGUUCACGGGAGUCCACGCCCACACCCAUGACCCACACCACACGAGUCAUGAGAGCGUGGGCGUUCCUUCACAAAUGGAGCUGAGUAAUAUUGAUUUGAGUAGUGGUGACCAGCGACCAGCGACCAGUAUUGACCAUCCAUCAUAUCUGAAAUGACUCACAGGUAGGAUCCACCCAGGAUUCAACAUGGGGGUCCCCCACCACCCAAAUCCUCCGUACAACACAGAAUGCACAAAGCUCAACCAAUUGUAUGUCUCCACCUCAACCCAAAAUAAAUAUCCAACUUAAUAGCAUUGUUUUUUGUAAAAUCCAAAAAUUUGAGGGGUUGAAAGAAAGGGAAUUUUAGAAGGGGAAGAAGGUGGAGACAGGAGAGAGGCUCAUCCCCUAUCUCAAUUAUCGAUUUCUCAAAAACCCACCCACCUACUACUGGUACUGCUCUCACUCUCACAUGGGCACAUGGGCCCAACGGAGGCCCAUCUUAUAUAUAAGGGUGUAUGCUCCUCGUGGGGUCGAUAGAAUCCCCAAACACUGACUUCAUACCUCGCUUUCUCUCUAUCUCUCUCUCUUUCUCAUCUAUUAGACUAUUACCCUCUCUUGGCAGAAACCCUAGAGUUCUGUCCUUUUUUGAUUCAAACCCUAAAACCCCCUCUUUUCAGAUCAUUAGUCUUUUAUCUGUAUAGGUCUAAUCAUGGGUUCGGAAAUGAAUCUCCAUAAAUUCUCUUCAUCGGAGCACUCUAAUCCAAACUCCCUCACCACCGCCGCCGCUUCCGCAACAGCCGGCGGCGAUUCUACCAAAGCUGAACUGGCCCCCCCUCCUCGGAAAACGGCCUCUUCUUCAUCGAGGGAUCGUCAUACAAAGGUGAACGGCCGAGGCCGCCGAGUCCGCAUGCCGGCGCUCUGCGCCGCCCGAAUCUUCCAACUCACCCGUGAACUCGGGCACCGCUCCGACGGCGAGACCAUCGAGUGGCUGCUCCGACAAGCGGAGCCCUCCAUCAUAGCCGCUACCGGUACUGGGACGGUCCCGGCGACAUCCGUCUCAUCCUCCGGCACCGCUAAUCCCUCCUCGUCUACGGCCACCACCGCCUGUAAGGUGCAACCGCUUACGUCAGUUCCCAGCGGACAUGUGCCAACGGGGAUGUUCACUAUGGCGCCGCCGAGUUGUCGACUGGACCUGUGCCAGCCGGUGACGUUGGAGUUUCCCGGUAACGGGUACCGGCACAUGCCGUUCACAUCGUUGUUGUUGCAGUCUGGGACGGAAGAGGCGGAGGAGAGACAUCAAGAAGAGGUUCUUCGACAGCAAUAAAAACACACAUAUCUGUAUUUCUUCCUUCUUUUUCUCCUCCCCUAGGUUACUCUUAGCGCGUAGAGGCAGUUUAGGGUUUAGUGGGUGUUUAUUGUGCUAUAUAAUUAUGGCUCCUUCACAUCUGUUUUUUGUUAGUUUCAUAUGAAUGAGACUUUUUUUGAGGGAAUGAGGAAAGUCUAAAAAAUAUUUGGGAUCAUGAUUUCCCUUUUUGGUGCUAAA